AUCAAGCUCUGUUUUAUUUUUAGGAGCAUAGCGUUGUGUUUAAAAUGGAAGUGGACAUAAAUGGAGAGUCCAGAAGUACCAUAGCCACCCUCCCUGUGCCUCUUGCAGAGAUGAGCACUGCAGGCAAAAGCGACGCCGAGAAGCCCCGAUGCUCCAGCACACCAUGUUCACCAAUGCGGCGGACAGUUUCGGGCUAUCAGAUCCUCCAUAUGGAUUCUAACUAUUUGGUUGGCUUCACAACUGGAGAGGAGCUGCUGAAAUUAGCCCAAAAGUGUACAGGAAAUGAAGAGAGCAAAGGGGAAUCUGGGCCUAACUUGCGCUCCAAAUGGCUCGAUUUGGGACUCGCACGUCCCUCCCGUUUAUACAAAACCAGAAGCAGGUACUAUCAGCCAUAUGAGAUUCCAGCAGUGAACGGGAGGAGGAGGAGGCGGAUGCCCAGCUCAGGGGAUAAAUGCACUAAGGCUUUACCAUAUGAACCUUACAAGGCACUACAUGGCCCCCUGCCUCUUUGCCUUUUAAAAGGUAAAAAGGCUCACUCUAAAUCCCUGGACUACCUCAAUUUAGACAAAAUGAGCAUCAAGGAACCUGCUGACACAGAAGUGCUACAAUACCAGCUCCAACACCUCACCCUUAGAGGGGACCGUAUGUUUGCAAGAAAUAAUACAUGAACUCUGCUUCGGAAUUUAGAAUCCAUUUCUGGUUAUUUCUCUGUUGCUGCAAAAAUCCACUGUUGUACCGUAUACAUGACUGUCCACAUCGUAGGUGGUUGUAUCAGCUCAAUGUUACCAGAAAGUAAUUUAUUUGGCUAGAAUUCUGACAAUGCUAUGUGUUACAAAUGCUC